GAUUGUCCAUUUGGUCGGACAUGUCUUUCUGGCCGAUCUAUGCCCACUUUGACACUCCAUGACGAUUAUCUUGGCAGAUGCAAUUCAACUGGGAGAUUGCUUGGGAAAGGGUGCCUUUGGGUGCGUGUAUUCUGGCCUUGUUACGGAGACCGGAGAGGUCGUGGCCGUGAAGCAGCUCCGGCUCUCCAAUAUCGCGAAACCCGACUUGACUCUUAUUACGGGAGAGAUUGAUUUGCUGAAGGAGCUGAAUCAUGCCAACAUUGUGCAAUAUCUAGGAUUUGUCAAGACGCCCGAAUACUUGAAUAUUAUUAUGGAAUACUGCGAAAAUGGGUCCUUGUCGAAUAUUUGUAGAAGAUUUGGUCGCUUUCCGGAGCAUCUCGUUGCUCUCUAUAUUGCCCAAGUACUUGAGGGUCUAGUCUAUUUGCAUGAACAAGGUGUCAUUCAUCGUGAUAUCAAGGCUGCGAACAUCCUUACAACUAAGAAAGGGCAGGUCAAGCUGGCCGACUUCGGUAUUGCGAGCAAGAUUAACGCUACAAAUAAAGUAUUUGCCGGAUCUCCGUAUUGGAUGGCCCCUGAAGUUAUUGAACUGCACGGUGCCACGACUGCGUCCGACAUUUGGAGUGUCGGCUGCACGGCCAUUGAAUUGCUACAAGGUCACCCACCAUAUCACACACUCGCACCAAUGUCGGCGCUAUUUCGCAUUGUUCACGAUGAUCAUCCAUCCCUACCUGCCCAAACCUCUGUGAUGCUCCGAGAUUUUCUCAUGGAAUGCUUUCAAAAAGACGCCAAUUUGCGGAUCUCUGCCAAAAGGCUUCUAAAGCAUCCAUGGAUCGAAAGUGCACGAAGAAGGGUAGUGGCGCGAGAUCUUCAGCAAUACAUUCUAGAGGACAUGAACGACGGACAAAUCGCCAGAGCUGCGUCAAGCCUUCCAAGAUCUCCAAGCUCCCAAAGCAAAGGAAGCCGUGAAAAGCGGGCAACAACAGAUCGCUCAUCUCCUUUGCGACCAGCGUCCACGACAAAGUUCACUGCGUCGUCGAAUCCUCCAAAAGCAGACGUUGAGGAGUUGUGCGAACCGGACAUGAGUAGCGAUGUCUGGGACAACGACUUUGAACCAUUUGAUGUGAAUUUACAGGCGAAAAGCAAAGACCAACAGGGCCCUGAUGCCAGUGAUCACAAGGCCCCAUGCUGGCUGGCGUUGCCAGCUGCCAGUAAGCCUUCCGAGGAAGAUAGCGACACGGAAGACGAUCCUUUCCUAAGCGUCCUGGAGAAUAUGGCAUUCGAGGAAACCGUUGCGAAGGACUAUACCCUACCAAUGACAUCGGGCGUCGUGGAGUUCAUCGAACGCCUACGAAAAGAGGACGACCCUAAUGUAUUGUGCCGUAGCUGCGAUGCAGCGUUGGCUCUGCUUGACACUCAUCCUCAAGCGAGUAAAAUGCUAAUCACUCAUCAUGCUAUCGGGCCUAUACUGGAUGCGCUGAAAUUCCAAAGAGACGAGCAAUUACAGUGGACAAUGUUACGAUUGAUAAAUAAGAGCGCACAGCGUGACAUGCUGAUACAGGAGAACAUAUGCCUACUUGGUGGGCUGAAUACGCUCAUUGAUUUAACGAACUCAGAGUAUCGUCUCAACGUCCGUGAAGAAGCAGCGCUCUUCUUAAAACGCGUCUGCACCACCAGUUCCAACUCACUACGGAUGUUUAUGGCGUGCGGUGGUGUUCGGGCGCUAGUUAAUCUGUUGGAAGUUGAUUAUCGGACGUCGAAGGUUCUAAUUUUUUCGGGUAUUGACGGGAUAUCCGGAGUGUUGGAAUUGCAGAGUUCCACCCCUCGAACGGAUAUUUGCCAUCUCUUCGUGAAGCACGGGCUACUGAGAUCAUUAUCACGGGUCUUUGGUGAACUGAAUGAAGAUACGGAUCCAGAAGCAUAUCGUUACACUGAUCAGAUUGCCAAUAUGCUGGUCAUGUUUUCUCAAGGCGACGUAUCGCUCAAGGAGUCGCUCGCAAAAGACGCUUGCAUCAGAGGGAUAGUGAACACCGUACCACAAUUGGCUGCCCCAAUACUGGUUAAAGUUUUAAAAUGCGUGAAGAACGUUACCAUGCAUUCAGAAACCCUGCGGUCACUUGAAAAAGCGGAUGUAAUUCGACCGCUGUGUCAAAUAUUGACCUUGCGGGAUGGACCGUUUUUCACAGAUAUCCAAAACCAAGCCUUGAAUGCUCUGUAUAACCUGUGUCGUCUCAACAAAUCUCGGCAACUAGCGGCUGCUCUUGAGGGUGCCGUGCCUUGCCUUCAAGGCUUUGUGGAAACGAGAAGUCCUCUAAAGCAAUUUGCCAUACCAAUCUUGACCGAUAUGGUCAAUGCUGGUGCUACAUGCAGGAAAAUACUGUGGCAGAACGGUGCAUUGUUGUCGUUCAUUUCGUUACUAGUGGAUCCAUGCUGGCAAGUGGACGCGCUCGAGGCUAUCUCCACAUGGAUGUCGAACGACAGCGACCAAAUCGAGAGUCAACUCUGCUUGUCGCACCACGCGGAAAAGUUGGUCUUGGCAUUCUGCCAAGCUGAAGCGGCAACAUUCGAAAGCAUUCUCACUCCCUUCCAACGAAUCCUAGUGGCAUCGUCGAAGAUCUGCCGCUCGAUUGCCCGCUAUUCCUUGUUCGGUCAAAAAAUCUGCUCACAUCUCUCUCACCCUGAAACAAUGGUUCGAUUAAACUUAUUGCACAUUUUGUAUCAUAUUGUAAGAAGCUUGUCGGAUGCGGAGAUGACCCAGUUUAUUAGCAUUCAUGAUGUUAUGGCCAAGUUAAAGGGGAUGUGCUCUGGGGAUGGGGCCGUGUUGGUGAGGGAACAGGCCAAGAAGUGCAUCGGAGCGAUCGGGGAUGUUCGUAGAUAUUUAUGAAAUUAUUAUAUUAUAUGUACAUCUUGGUUAUUAUACCC